AUGAACGUCAAUUCGAUUCUGACAAUAAUAAGCAGACUCUGUCACUCUCAUCACAGUCUCUCACAGUUUCUCUCAUCUCUUUUUUUUUUCCGCAUUUCGAAGAUGGCUAAAUCGGUUUCUCUCCUUCUCAUUCUCUUCUUCUUUCUUCACGGCGUCGAUCCAGCUCCUCCUCCGUCAUCUCCGCCGCACGCUUGCGACCCUUCGAAUCCCACCACCAAACUCUUCCAGUUCUGCCGCACUGACCUCCCAAUUAGCCGGCGAGCUCGCGAUCUCGUCUCGCGGCUAACCGUAGACGAGAAGAUCUCUCAGCUGGUGAAUUCAGCUCCCGGGAUACCUCGUCUCGGAGUUCCGGCGUACGAGUGGUGGUCGGAGGCGUUACACGGCGUAGCCGGCGUCGGUCCAGGAAUCCGGUUUAACGGAACGGUUAAAGCUGCCACUAGCUUUCCUCAGGUUAUCUUAACCGCCGCUUCCUUCGACUCCUACCAAUGGUUCCGCAUUGCUCAAGUAAUAGGAAAGGAGGCAAGAGGAGUGUACAACGCAGGGCAAGCAAAAGGGAUGACAUUUUGGGCACCCAACAUUAACAUAUUCAGGGAUCCACGGUGGGGAAGAGGCCAAGAGACUCCAGGAGAAGAUCCGACGGUGACCGGAGCUUACGCUGUGGCUUACGUCAGAGGAUUACAAGGUGACUCUUUCGACGGUCGGAAAACACUCUCCGGUCACCUUCAAGCCUCCGCUUGUUGUAAGCAUUUUACGGCCUACGAUCUUGACCGUUGGAAAGGUAUCACUCGCUACGUUUUCAAUGCUCAGGUGAGCUUGGCUGAUCUGGCUGAGACGUACCAACCACCGUUCAAGAAAUGCAUAGAAGAAGGCAGAGCCAGUGGCAUCAUGUGCGCUUAUAACCGAGUCAACGGCAUUCCCUCUUGCGCUGACCCAAACCUCUUGACCCGAACCGCUCGUGGUCUCUGGCACUUCCAAGGAUACAUUACUUCCGAUUGUGACGCCGUGUCAAUCAUCUACGAUGAUCAAGGCUACGCCAAAACCCCUGAAGACGCCGUCGCUGACGUCCUCAAAGCCGGCAUGGACGUAAACUGCGGAUCUUACUUACAGAAACACACCAAAUCAGCUCUUCAACAGAAGAAAGUGUCGGAAUCCGACAUAGACAGAGCUCUCAUCAAUCUUUUCUCCGUUAGGAUUCGUCUCGGUCUCUUUAACGGCGAUCCAACCAAACUGACCUACGGAAACAUCAGUCCUAAAGACGUCUGUUCUCCGGCUCAUCAAGCUUUAGCACUCGAAGCAGCUCGUAACGGUAUCGUCCUCUUGAAAAACGCUCUUAAACUCCUUCCUUUCUCCCAAAGCAGCGGUUCGUUAGCUGUCAUCGGUCCAAACGCUUACGCCGCUAAAACGCUUCUCGGUAACUACGCCGGACCGCCUUGCAAGACCGUGACUCCUCUCGACGCGAUCCGCGGCUACGUCAAAAACGCUGUUUACCAUCAAGGAUGCGAUUCCGUGGCUUGCUCCAACGCUGCGAUUGAUCAAGCGGUUGCAAUCGCCAGAAACGCUGAUCGCGUGGUCUUGAUCAUGGGACUAGACCAGACUCAAGAGAAAGAAGAUAUGGACCGUGUGGAUCUCAGCCUUCCCGGGAAGCAACGAGAGCUUAUAACGAGCGUUGCGAAAGCUUCAAAGAAGCCAGUGGUUCUUGUUCUGAUCUGUGGUGGUCCCGUCGAUAUCUCGUUUGCUACUAACAACGAUAAGAUCGGAAGCAUUAUUUGGGCUGGUUAUCCCGGAGAAGCCGGAGGGGUUGCUCUUGCUGAAAUCAUCUUCGGAGAGCACAAUCCCGGAGGGAGAUUACCAGUGACUUGGUAUCCUCAGAGCUUUGUGAAUGUGAAGAUGACAGACAUGAGGAUGCGGUCGUCAUCUGGAUAUCCAGGAAGGACUUACAGAUUCUAUAAAGGUCCUAAAGUGUUUGAGUUUGGUCAUGGUCUCAGCUACUCAACUUACGCUUACCGGUUCAAGACUCUGCCUCAAACCAACCUCUAUUUGAACCAAUCUAAACCACAAUCUAACUCGGGUUCUGUCCGGUACGCUCUGGUUUCAGAAAUGGGGAAAGAAGGCUGCGAUGUAGCCAAGACUAAGGUCAGUGUUGAGGUGGAGAAUCAAGGAGAGAUGGCAGGGAAACAUCCCGUGCUGAUGUUUGCGAGGCACGAGAGAGGAGGAGAAGACGGGAAACGCGCAGAGAAGCAGCUCGUCGGGUUUAAAAGCGUUGUGCUAAGUAAAGGAGAGAAAGCUGAGAUUGAGUUUGAGAUUGGUCUAUGCGAGCAUCUGAGCAGAGCUAAUGAGGUUGGAGUUAUGGUUGUUGAAGAAGGAAAGUAUUUCUUAACCGCUGGAGAUUCAGAGCUUCCUCUUACGGUUAAUGUAUGA